UCCCCUCUCUGUCUCUCUUUCUCUUUGUUCCCACCUUCCUGGUGGAGGAAGGGAACAUGGACAAGAGGAUAAGCAGCAGCCAGGGGGCUGAAGUGAGGAAAGGCCCAUGGACGAUGGAGGAAGACCUCAUCCUCAUCAACUACAUCACCAACCAUGGCGAGGGUGUGUGGAACAACAUCGCUCGUUCUGCAGGUCUGAACCGCACCGGGAAGAGCUGCCGGCUGCGCUGGCUGAACUACCUCCGCCCCGACGUACGGCGGGGCAACAUCACCCCCGAGGAGCAGCACCUGAUCAUGGAGCUCCAUGCGAGGUGGGGAAACAGGUGGUCGAAAAUUGCGAGGCAGCUACCGGGGAGGACGGACAACGAGAUAAAGAACUUUUGGAGGACCAGAAUACAGAAGAAGCUGAAGCACGGCGAGCCAUUCGGCGUCCAGAACGUGAUGCUCACUGAUGAAGCCAGCACCAGCACAACACAGGUCAACACCACCACCGAUGAAGGUGCUCAACCCGGUGCUUACACCCACAUGCAUGACGAGCAGCAGACUGCAAACCCUGACGGCAUGAUCUCUGAGUUCUCCACCGAGUCCAGUGAUAACUUCUGGACCGUGGACGACUUCUGGUCCAUGCCAUCUCUCAAUGGCGAUUAGUCCAUCCAAAUCCUCCAUCUGUACCGAUAAGAAACGGAUGAGCUUAAACUCAUUCUCUCUCGCAUAUCGUACUAGUUGAUGAACAAAGUAUAUAUGAUGAUUG